CCAAACAGUGGUUAGUUUUAAAGAAAAUCCCCAUUUGAGCAGAGCUUUCUUUUUCUUCCCUUGCCUUCCUUUUUUCCCCCUCUGUCUUCUUUUUUUUUUUGUUUUAGGAACCCAGCUGUUAAUCUGAGCGACGGGCACUCGGGCAUUAGGCCACGCCGGCCUCGGGGACCCAGGCUGCCCGCCCAGCCCGCGGGGCUCCCGGCCACUCCGGCGGGCGCUCGCUCGGGGCGCCGCCCAACCAGCUUUCCCGGAAGGGCGGGCGCGCCGAGCUCGCCGCGCUGCGUUCCACCGGCGAGGCGGGUGUAUGGACUAGGGAGGAUUUGUGAAAACUCCAGGUAAUCAUGGCAGCUGAUGAAGAUAACAAAAAACAAGUUCUUAAGGAGCCUCAGUCAGAUGAAGAAUUUAUGAAAGAUGAACAAAGAGAGAGAUUAAUUGAUGAAAUUGCAAAGGAAAAUACUCAGUUAAAGGAAGAGAUCCAAAGGCUUGAAGCUGAGUUACAAGAGGCCAUCAGAAACUCCCAGAUUAAAGAGGAUAUUCCUGAAACAAAGGUGAAAUUCACAUCUUUAGAGAAUCCGGAGAAUGACAGCCAGUUUUCAAAUAUCUCCUGUUCAUUUCAAGUGAGCUCGCAAGUUCUCUAUGAGCUACAGAAAGGACAAGGUCUUAUCACCUUUGAAAAAGAAGAAGUUGCCCAAAACAUCAUCAGGAUGGGGAAGCAUCAUGUGCAGAUAAAUGAUGUAGAUGUGGAGGUUUUGGCCCAGCCAGUUCCGUUAAACUCAGGAAUCAGAUUCCAGGUUUUUGAAGAAUACUCUAAGGUGAAGAUCAAUGUUACUGAAAUUCCUGACGUGUUGCCUGAAGAUCAGAUGAGAGACAAGCUAGAGCUGAGCUUUUCUAAGUCCAUAAACGGAGGCGGGGAAGUGCUAUGCGUGCAGUAUGAUAAGCAGUCCCGGAGUGCCGUGAUCACGUUUGUGGAAACUGGAGUUGCUGACAAGAUUUUGAAAAAGAAAGACUAUCCGCUUUAUAUAAAUCAAAACUGCUAUAGAGUUACUGUUUCUCCAUACACAGAAACACACUUGAAACAUUUUCAGGUAUUUUUGGGAAUAUCGGAGAGGACGGUGCUUCUGACUGGAAUGGGAGAUCUUCAGAUGACGGAUGAAGAACUUUUACAGGAUUUAGUUAACAUUCACUUUCAACGGGAGACGAAUGGAGGUGGAGAGGUGGAAGUGGUCAAAUGUUCUCUACGUCAACCUUGCAUCGCAUACUUUGAAGAAGAGAGGAAUAGAAUGAUCUGAAUAGUAGAGCCUCUGAGCCCAAAUCACUGUACUGUGUGACAAAAAUGAAUAUCCUUUUCCUUUAAAGAAUGAAGACUUUAAUUCCUUAGUGGCCAUUCAUUCUUAGAUACAAAAUAUAUGUCCAUGUUUUUGAAUUCUUCUUUGUUUCAAAGUCCGCUGCAUGCUUAUAAAUGCAGUAAGCUCACUGUAUUAAAAACAAUUUUGUUUGUUCAUAAA